AUGGCCCCUUGCCAUCUGUGUGGGAUGACUCUGGUCUCUGAAACCGGAGGAUCAUCUGUGCACCACAACACUGAACCCGGGUCAUCUGUGCACCGCAACACUGAACCCGGGUCAUCUGUGCACCACAACACUGAACCCGGGUCAUCUGUGCACCGCAACACUGAACCCGGGUCAUCUGUGCACCGCAACACUGAACCCGGGUCAUCUGUGCACCACAACACUGAACCCGGGUCAUCUGUGCACCACAACACUGAACCCGGGUCAUCUGUGCACCACAACACUGAACCCGGGUCAUCUGUGCACCGCAACACUGAACCCGGGUCAUCUGUGCACCACAACACUGAACCCGGGUCAUCUGUGAACCGCAACACUGAACCCGGGUCAUCUGUGCACCGCAACACUGAACCCGGGUCAUCUGUGCACCGCAACACUGAACCCGGGUCAUCUGUGCACCGCAACACUGAACCCGGGUCAUCUGUGCACCGCAACACUGAACCCGGGUCAUCUGUGCACCACAACACUGAACCCGGGUCAUCUGUGCACCACAACACUGAACCCGGGUCAUCUGUGCACCGCAACACUGAACCCGGGUCAUCUGUGCACCGCAACACUAAACCCGGGUCAUCUGUGCACCGCAACACUAAACCCGGGUCAUCUGUGCACCACAACACUGAACCCGGGUCAUCUGUGCACCACAACACUGAACCCGGGUCAUCUGUGCACCACAACACUAAACCCGGGUCAUCUGUGAACCACAACACUGAACCCGGGUCAUCUGUGCACCACAACACUAAACCCGGGUCAUCUGUGCACCACAACACUAAACCCGGGUCAUCUGUGCACCACAACACUGAACCCGGGUCAUCUGUGCACCACAACACUGAACCCGGGUCAUCUGUGCACCACAACACUGAACCCGGGUCAUCUGUGCACCACAACACUAAACCCGGGUCAUCUGUGCACCGCAACACUGAACCCGGGUCAUCUGUGCACCGCAACACUGAACCCGGGUCAUCUGUGCACCGCAACACUGAACCCGGGUCAUCUGUGCACCGCAACACUGAACCCGGGUCAUCUGUGCACCGCAACACUGAACCCGGGUCAUCUGUGCACCGCAACACUGAACCCGGGUCAUCUGUGCACCACAACACUGAACCCGGGUCAUCUGUGCACCACAACACUGAACCCGGGUCAUCUGUGCACCACAACACUGAACCCGGGUCAUCUGUGCACCACAACACUGAACCCGGGUCAUCUGGUUCCCCGCUGAGUUAA